GCGGUGGAGCGAUUGACAGGCGCCAGCGCAGCUCUGGGGUCCUGGCAGAGUUGGCGGCGCGCGUGGACCCGGCUGCGGCAACGCAGAGAGUGGAGGCGCCGGGAUGUGGAGCGGCCCACCCCAACAAGACGAGGGCCUCCCUGUGGGCCUCUCUGCUGUUUCAGUCCCCUGGAAAAACCUGGACCCUGGCAAAGGUAACAGGGAGCCCCCUGGAGGCCUGGUAGAAGCCUCUGCUUCCCGGGAGGAGACCCAGGGUGAGGGACACUCGGCAGCCGCCCCACUGGACGUGUCACGCCUGCGCAGCUCUUCCAUGGAGAUCCGAGAGAAAGGCUCAGAGUUCCUGAAGGAAGAGCUAUACAAAGCCCAGAAGGAGCUGAAGCUGAAGGAUGAGGAGUGUGAACGGCUUUGCAAGGUUCGUGCACAGCUGGAGCAGGAGCUGGAGGAGCUGACAGCCAGCCUGUUUGAGGAAGCCCACAAGAUGGUCCGGGAAGCCAACAUGAAGCAGGCAGCAUCAGAAAAGCAGUUGAAGGAGGCUUGGGGCAAGAUCGACAUGCUCCAGGCAGAGGUGACAGCCUUGAAGACACUGGUCAUCACAUCCACACCAGCCUCUCCCAACCGUGAGCUCCACCCACAGCUGCUGAGUCCCACCAAGGCCGGACCCCGAAAGGGCCACUCACGCCAUAAGAGCACCAGCAGUUCCCUCUGCCCUGUUGUGUGCCCCACUGCAGGGCGUAUCCCCACCCCAGACAAAGAAGGCAAGGAGCCUGGGCUACCCCCUCUACUCUCCUUGCUCCUGUGCGUGAUCCCCAGCAAGGCCAUCCACCUCACCUACGAGCCGACCUGGCAGCUCCCAUCUGGGGAGCCGCCCACGACCCCCAACUCCGAUACCUCUCUCUCCUUUUCCCGACAGGUGGAUACAACCCUGUUUGCAGAGUUCCAGGCUUGGAGGGCGUCACCUACCCUGGAUAAGAACUGCCCCUUCCUGGAAAGGGUAUACCGGGAGGAUGUGGGCCCCUGCCUCGACUUUACAGUGCAGGAGCUCUCAUCUCUGGUGCGGGCUGCUGUGGAGGACAACACGCUCACCAUCGAGCCUGUGGCUUCACAGACUCUGCCCACUGUGAAGGUCCCCACUGUUGACUGUAACAACACCAACACGUGUGCCCUGAGUGGACUGUCCCGUACCUGCCACCAUCGGAUCCGCCUCGGGGACUCUAAGAGUCACUAUUACAUCUCACCAUCAUCCCGGGCCAGGAUCACUGCAGUAUGCAACUUCUUCACCUACAUUCGCUACAUCCAGCAAGGCCUGGUUCGGCAGGAUGCUGAGCCAAUGUUCUGGGAAAUAAUGAGGCUGCGGAAGGGGAUGUCACUAGCCAAGCUUGGCUUCUUCCCCCAGGAGGCCUAGGGCAUGGCCCCAGGCCUGAAGUAGGCUCUGAGCUAGAGCAAACAUCUGCCUUGGGACAGACAGACAAGAAAUCCUGGAGCCAACUCUGAGCCAGAAGAUGAAGGACAGAGAAACAGCCAGGCUGUAGAGACAGUACUGAGUUAAUACCAUCCAUCCCACCUGGGACAGACAGAAGGACAGCCUGGCUUGGACUUCAUGAGAUGACCCUCUUGCACACUGGGCUCUGUAGCCACCAAGAGGAUCUCAAGAAAGCACCAAAGACCAAGGAGCUUGGAGCCAUACUGAGGAGAGGCUAAGCCUCAGGGAGGGGACACUUGAGCAGGCCCCUCCACAAGUCCCUGAUGCUUACCAACGCUGUUCUAGGAGGCUGGAUCUCCCCCAUAGCUUCUAAGUCCUGGAUCACUGGCACCCCCUUGUGGCCAACUCUCACUCUGUUCCCAAGUGGCCUCAUUAGACUGCCCCAGUGGUAAGGCAGGUGUCUCCAGUCUGAACAAGGUGGAGGGAUAAUUGCCCCAAAGUGCUCUAAAGAUGAGUUCAAGACCCUUCUUUCAUUCCUCUACAUAGAGGCCUCCCUCUCCCUGGCCCUCCCUCCCCACUUCAACCCUAUCUCCAGGAGGCCCGGUUCCUAAAAUUACAGAGGUCUGUGCCACCAGGGAAGCCUCAGGAUGUAUCCUGGGCAGCCAUCCAGACGGCAGGGGCCCUGUGAUUGGGCUGGAUGGAGUGGGCAGGCCAUGCAGGACCUGGACCCUGCUGUACCCAUCACAGCCCACUUGGGAACUGGGCUUGGGGGAUCCAACCUGGACAUAUCCCUUACCACGCCCCUAUUUCCUUCAAGUGGAAUGUAACACGACCUCUAUUUAAUAAAGGAAGGCUUUGUUGGUAGGGGCUAGGCAGCAGUGGCCUUCACUCCUGCUCCCUGGGGCUCUGGCCAGGGCUUGGGCAUCUGAAGGAAUGAAAUCAAAUCCUUUCCUGACUGGCCUCGUGCUUGGGAUUAACCCCAAAUCCUGAAGCCACCCCCACUGCUGCCACCACUUACUUGCUGUUGGGAAGACUACUGGAGUUGAGGAAUGAGUUUGCCACUCUGAGAGUUCAGCUCUGACCUGUGAAACCCCUAGCCCUCAGAGAUGACCCCAGGUCUGCUAGAAGCCUGGUAGUCAAGGCAUCUAGGCUUCCUGGGGCUUGACAGGACAGUUCAGAAUUGGCUGGUGCUACCUCCCUUAGGACUGUGGGAACUACAGAAUUGCUGGGCAUGGCAGACACAAGGGGAAAGAGGUGGGGUGACCUCAGAGGAGGAAUGAGAGGACGUCUUGUGGUUCCUGCCCCUGCCCCCUGUGGGGCUUUGUGCUUUCUUGGGAGGACGGUACAUCAUAUUCUGGGGUUGGUUGUUGGUAGCCUACAGGCACUUCUCAAUUGGCCUGAGGCCCAGAUACAAUUCAGAUGGUAGAUCAGCUGGGGGCUAUCCAGAGCUCUGUCAAGGUCCUCUGCCUUCACAUGUUCUCCGGCCAGUAGCUUGUUCCCAGGACUCUUCUGCCUCUGCUGCACCUCUGUGUUCUCACAUGCCCUCCCCCUGCUCCAUUAUGAUUAGAAUCUAGAAUCCUUCGCUAUAUCCCUAUCCCGCACAGACACCAGGUCACUGACCAGACCCCUGUCAUAUCCACUCAUUCACUAACCAAUACUCGGGUCUCCCCUGUGCUUGGCAUUGGCAAUAAUAAAUAUACCAGCAAUACAUCCAGGUUACUGGAUGGAGGAAAGUAAAAGACAAAGGAUGUCAGGGAAGGGAGGACUUGGUGUACCAUACAGGUUCUCCAUGGCAUCCUCUAACUAUGUCAACCCUUGCUCAUCUGGGGACAAGGGAGGAUGAAAACCUAAGCACUGGAUUUAAUCUGUCCCUAACUUCUGUGUUUGGGGCCCAGCCUCAUGCAGGACCACAGGAACACCAGGAGAACACCCCAGAAGCCCAUGGAGGACCCUACUCCCCUGAUUGACUUGU